AUGUCUUUAGGGGUUGGAAAAGGAAUGUUUGCUCCACAAUCAUCAGCUAUAAAUACUCACCAAAGCGCCAUAAAUGAGGGAGAAUCAGGCCAAUUAGGUUCUGAUAGAAAUAGAAAUAUUCAAAGGGAAGACAAAAGUGAGUCUAUGCCGGGCAGAAGAUAUGCCUGGUACAGGACCACUUCGAACCCUGGAGCAUCGUCCCAGCUUAGAAAAGCUCCUUCACUAUCACCUUUAAAAAUUCGUGAAGGAGAAGGAGAAUCAUUACAGAUCCCAGAGAACCAGAAAAUAAGGUUUUCUGGGAAGACACCAUUCAUCCCAGAAAUUGCUUCCUCACCUGCGAAAAGGGUGAAAUUUCCUGCUUAUCUGACUUAUAAGGGGGAGUCGUGUCCAAAUGCCCAUUUGACAGCCUUCAAUAAUGAGAUGGACAUGGAUAGUCACACCAAUGCCAGUUGGUGUAAAAAUUUCAUUCUAACCUUAAUCGGUACAGCACAAAAAUGGGCUCAGAGCCUCGCAGAUGGCUCGAUUUCCUCAUUUGAUGAACUUGCUGAAAAGUUCAAGAGUCAUUUCUCAUCAAGGACUGCCAGAUCUAAGCAAUCCAUUGAAAUGAUGAGCAUACGACAGGGACAAGAUGAAUCUCUGAGGUAUUACGUCUCCAGGUUUGACAAAGAAAGUGUGCAGGAGCUGAACCCUGAAGAAAACAUCUUGACCUUCGCUUUCAGACAAGGCCUAAACUCUGAUAGGCCUGAAAGUGAGGCUCUAAAGUUCAGGAAGCAGUGGACUUAUUUGAAGACAAUGAAGGAAGUUAAAGAAUAUGCCCUGUCCCAUGUAGAUGUCGAAGAUUUUAAAUCCAUAACAGGGACAAUAGAGCAUAAAGGGAAAACCCUUGAGAAAGGCAGCGAGAAGCAAGCUGAAAGACAUGAUAGGGGAAAGAAGCUGGUUAGGAUUAAGGAUUUUGAUGUCCCCGGACUCAAUAAUUUUUCGAAAAAAUACACGCUUAAAAGAGUAUAG